AUGAAGGCGCUUAGAGCUGGGUCGAAGGAGGCCGCCUCCUGUCCGGCCAUCAUCUCUGUUGCGGGAGCCACGGUGGACCUCCCCCCCGAGCAGUGGAAGCUGCUCGUUGAGGAUAAGCAACCUCUCACGGCCCGUCUGUUCGACUUUGUCACCGGGUAUCUGGAGAAGGAGGUGCAUGAGCACGUCCGAAUCGUGACGAGUGGUGUUGUCGCGGACAUAGUCGCGGGUCGCGAUGAAGCGGUCCAAGCCUUUGCCGGUUUGAUGGAGUGCAGCCUGGACGUUUUCAGCAUCUGGUUCGACUUGAGCGUGGAUUUGACGCGAUCCAAGCACGGCGGUGAGGCUGAAGGUGCUGAAAUGGGGAAGGUGCAGAAAGUGGCUACGGGUGCGCAGGUUGCUGACCAUGGUGUUCUUGCUCUCACAGGUGCCGCUGGUGUUUCGAACCGCGGAGGUGCUCGGGGGGGGACGGUGGUCCACGCUGAUGACGAAGGGGCCGAGGAUACCGCGACUAAGGGUGCAACCCGCGAUGAGGUUGACCGCGCUGUUGCGCGUGAGGGGGAGGAGUCGAGCGAGGAGGAGGCGGAGGCUCACGUGGUAGCGGCCGCGGCAUCCAGCAGGCCCACUACAUCCGGCAAGAGCAUCAAGCACCUCGCGCAGCACUUGGCCCCCGGUGCUGGAAGCGCGGGCCUGAGUGGUGAGGUCGCGGGCAAGAGUCCCGUGACAGGUCCGCGUGAUCACGCGUCCCUGUCCUCGUUGCCAUCGCAUAAGCUUGCUGCCGAGAUCCUGCAGCUCGAAUGUAGGCUUGCAGCGCAGGCCGAAGAGAACGCACGGCUGAAGAAACGCCAGGAGUCGGGGGUUGGUGGGGUCGCGGUCGUGGGCUUUGAGGAGCUUGCGUCCGCGCUUGCUAAUGCGAUUCGGAUGUUGGAGAAGGAGGCGAGGGCGAUCGCGCACGAAAGAGCGGCCCUGGUCGAUACGCACUCCAUGGAAGCCGCUCAGAAGAAGCUGACGGACAAGGUUGCACAGAAGAUGGACAACAUGUCGACCGCGAUCUCCGCGACAGCAGAGCGGGCAAUCACCACCAACGGGGUCACAAACGCGCUACACACCCUCAUCGCGAUCGUUGGAGGAGCCCCCCCGCCGCGCACGGAUAAUAAAGGAACGGCCGCGACGGAGAUUGCCGAGACCGGGGAUGCAGAGUAUGGAAAGUGGGCAGCGGGUGCGAAGGCGGAGAAUCAACGGGGGGCGAAGAGGCAGAGAGGUCCCCAAGCAGCGGCUGCGGUGCGCAAUCCGAGCGUGCAGGACAUGCUGAAGCAGAAGUGGGGCGCUGCAUCGCAAGGUGUAGCACCGCCUGGUCAACCGGGUUCGAGCUCGCACUCCAUCCCACCUGGAGAAGCUGCACCCAAACCACCGGGCCCUGCUAGGGCAACCGCGACAGUGACAAGUACUGUGGGUUGGGGCAAGGGUAAGGCGGAGGAUGGAGAGGCGCCGGCUGCUGCGGGUUCGCUGGCCUCGAGGCGUGAGGUCCACUCCGCAACGGCUGCUGCGGCUGAGGGCAGGCAGACCACGCUCGCACCCGCUCGUGCUGCAAUCACCGUGGGAAACCUGCACAGCGCACUAGCAUCUGCAAGUCCUAUCGCGGCCUCGGUCGAGGUCAAGGCGGAGAAACGCGAACGGGGUGGCAAGAAGUUGCCCCCUCCACCCGUGUACACGAUCGACGAGGACGAUGCGGAUAAGGAGCUGUAG